CAGGAAGGCUCCAUCUUGGUUAAGGGCAGGAGUAGGGACGUUACGGUCUUGCUUGAGGAAAGACAGGAAAGCGCCAGCAUCUCCACCUUCCCCGGAAGCCUCCCUUUGCCAGGCCGAUAGGGUUUCCCAUGGGGCGGCCCCUGGCGCCGCGCCCGGCCCAUGUACGCGGGGAGACCGAGUCCCGGAGGACUAGGGAAAGCAGGCCGGGCACCGUGAGCUUCGCGGACGUAGCGGUGUACUUCUCUCCCGAGGAAUGGGGCUGCCUGCGGCCCGCGCAGAAGGUCCUGUACCGGGACGUGAUGCGGGAUACCUUCGGCCACCUAGGCGCGCUAGGAUUUUCAGGCCCCAAACCCGCUUUUAUCUCGGCGGAAGGAGAAGUGGAGGCGUGGAGCCCGGAGGCCCAGGAUCCCGAGGGUGAGAGCCCAGCAGCUGUCAGCAGGGGCCAGGGACAGGAAGCAGGAUCUAGGGAUGGGAAUGCGGAGAAGGAAAGGCUGAAGUGUCCAAAACAAAAAGAGGUGGCGCAUGAAGUGGCUGUCAAGGAGUGGUUGCCCAGCGCCGCCUGCCCAGAGCUCUGCAACCCUAGGCCCAUGAAUCCCUGGCUCGAGGACACUCUGACCCGAAGACCGCCCCACUCUUGCCCAGACUGUGGCUGCAACUUCAGCUACCCUUCCCUCCUGGCCAGCCACCAGCGACUCCACUCCGGGGAGCGGCCCUUCCCCGGCGGCCAGUGCCAGGCGCGUUUCUCCCAGCGCAGGUACCUGCUCCAGCAUCAGUUCAUCCACACCGGCGAGAAGCCCUACCCCUGCCCCGACUGCGGGCGCCACUUCCGCCAGAGGGGUUCCCUGGCUAUCCACAGGCGGGCUUACACCAGGAAGAAGCCUUACGCGUGCUCAGACUGCAAGAGUCGCUUCACUUACUCCUACCUGCUGGCCAUCCACUAGCGCAAGCACACGGGCGAGAAGCCCUACAGCUGCCCCGAUUGCAGCCUCCGUUUCGCCUACACCUCCCUGCUGGCCAUCCACAGGUGCACACACACCGGCGAGAAGUCCUACCCCUGUCCUGACUGGGGCCUUCGCUUCACCGACUCUUCCCUUCUGCGCAGUCACCGGCGCAUUCACUCGGACAGCUGGCCCUUCUGUGCGGAGUGUGAGAAAGGCUUCAAGCGGAAGACCGCCCUGGAAGCCCAUCAGUGGAACCACAGCUUCUGCAGCGAGAGGCGCGCGUGGUGGCAGGCCGUGGUGGGGCGUUCAGAGCCCGUCACUGUUUUGGGAGGCAAGGCUCUCCCAAUUCACUUCCGGCACUUUCCAGAUAUAUUUCAAGAGUGUGGGUGAUGGCAUUCACACAAACUAGUCAGCGUUUUCUCUGGAGAGGAAGAGGCAAGCUUUGUGCAUUUGAGGAAUAAGGAAGGGAAGUGGGCAUUUGAGGAAAACAAAGUUCCGCCUUAGGAAAAAAGCAGAAGUAGGGGCACAGAGGGCUGUGGGGAGGAGGCAGGAAUCUGAAAAGGUGCCUGGGGGGUGACCCCAUUUUCUGAAGCUCCAGCACACAGGGCCGCGUGUUCCACGUCCCAUCCUUCACUGAAAACCAUUUACCUAACUGGCUUUUCCUUCUUGAUUGUUCUCUCUCUUGUAGCGCUCUACUUUUUGGCCUGUAUCUCCUACUCCUCUGAGAUGGGGUCCCCUGCAUUCCAGUGCCUAUUAAAGGAGCCUGCACCCACUCUGGAUCCCCCAGAAUAGAGGGCAUACCUAGGGCCUGUCCCUCAGGGAGAUGGAGUGGGGAGCUCAUCUCAGGAUAAUUUUUUUUUUUUUUUUUUUUUUGAGAUGGAGUCUCACUCUGUUGCCCAGGCUGGAGUGCAAUAGCACCAUCUCGGCUCACUGCAACCUCUGCCUCCCGAGUUCAAGCAAUUCUCUGCCUCAGCCUUCCGAGUAGCUGGGAUUACAGGCAUGCGCCACCAGGCCCAGCUAAUUUUUGUACUGUUAGUAGAGACGGGGUUCCACCAUCUUGGCCAGGCUGGUCUUAAACUCCUGACCUUGUGAUCCACCCACCUCGGCCUCCCAAAGUGCUGGGAUUACAAGCGUGAGCCACUGCCCCCUGCUGAGGAUUCUGCCUUUUACCAAUGCAGGUGAAACAUCUGGCAAGGAGACAUCUGGAGUGUAGGUGUUCCUUGGUCUUGAAGACCUAGAGGUGGCCAUAGAGAGGACAGUGGCCUCAGGUGGGGAACUUUCCUGCCCCACUCUCAUUCUGCAAGUGCACAAACUAUCAAACCUAAUGGACUCUGGAACUGGGCCAGCUCUUCUUCACUGUAUGCAUUAGUGAUUGCAGUGUUUUUUUCUUCUUCAGAUAUUUGCCUGUUACCUGGAUUUUGUAUUUUUUGAUAAAGAUAUAUUCUUGGGCCACAGUAGCUGGAGACACAAUAUAAUGCCGGAGAAUUCUUUUUUUUUUCUUUUUGAGAUGGAGUCUUGCUCUGUCACCCAGGCUGGAGUGCAGUGGCGCAAGCUCUGCUCACGGCAAGCUCCGCCUCCCGAGUUCACACCAUUCU